UAUGAACCUUUUGAGAAUUUUGUCAAAUUAAGAAGCGGAAGAGCCAUCGAUGGCGGCUUUUUGGCUCGCCGGUGACAGCUCCGCUGUCGGAUUCCGAUUUCAAUUGCAGCUCUCGGAUUGGCAGUUCAGCUCUCACUUCCCUUUGAAUCCUCUCAGCAGCUCACUAAGUUUGAAGGAAAUUGUCAGCUCGAUGCUUAGCGAGGGUUAUUGUCAUACGGGAAGGAGAGCAGUGCUUGAUUGGGCAACACGCUUUGACAUUAUUCAAGGUGUUGCUAGAGGGCAUCUUUAUUUCCAUCAUGAUUCCUAUGUGAAGGUAAUACAUAGAGAUCUGAAAGUCAGCAACAUUCUCUUGGAUGAGAAAAUGAGUCCAAAAAUUUCAGAUUUUGGAUUGGCACGCAUAGUUGAAGGGACUCAAAAUCUAGAAAAUACUCAAAAAGUUGUGGGAACACGGUUUGGGGUAUUGGUCUUGGAGAUUAUUAGCAGCAAGAAGAAUACCAGCUUCUCUUUAUAUGACAAACAGCUAGGCUUUCUAGGCUAACUUACAACUUCUAAUGUAAUAUGUGGACUCAUGAGCAGUUUCUUUAGUGUAGCUUAAACCACAUAUAUGAACCUUUACGGGCGUGGAACUUGUGGAAUGAAAAUGGGGGAUUGGAGUUGGUGGAUGAAAUAUUGGGUGGUUCAUAUUCCUCAUCAGAAGUAAUGACAUGCGUGCAUGUUAGGCUUCCUUGCAUAGAGGACAAUGCUGCAAAUAGACCAAUCAUGAUGGAUAUAGCUUUAAUAUACAUUGUUAAACCACAAUGCGAUGCUUUCUGGUCAUUCUCAAGGGGUUCUUAUACAUAUUGAAGGUUUUCUUUUUGGUGUAGACAACAAACCCUUUCUCUUGGGGUAGUUAGUAUAUGAAGGUCUUUAAGGAGAUGCACCUUCAUUGAUGUGUUUACACUUUACACUUUGUAUUGACAAUUUUGUAUACAGAAGUCAAGUCUUCACCAUGUGAUAGAUUUUCCUUGAAAUCAUGACAAAAUUUGAUAUACAUUGUUGUUGAGUCAUUUUGGACCAGCUUAGCUUUUGAGUUAUCACUGCAACACUGCACCACUUGUCCAUACCCACAAUUCCAUGGUGCUCAAAGUUCAACCUAACUAUUCCAUGAUUUAUAUUUACUGCCGUAUGAGACUAAAACUCAAGUAAUUAUGGGGUGUUACUUGUAGAUGCCAAUCAUUGUAGAUUAGAAACUGGGUCAAUUACCGGUCAACCAAAAAUCCCAUUUCACAACCAAAAAUGAAUUACCGGUCAACCAAAAAUGAAGAAGAAGAAGAAGAAGAAGAAGGAAAGCCGUAAAUGGCGGUUGUUGGGUCUCCGGUAGACGUCUUCCCUUGACUCCUUUCAGUAUGGCGCUGAAGUAUACAACAUAACUCCUUCACACCCUUUAGCAGAGGGACAAACUCUAGUCUCUCCUGGCCUAAUAUUCGAAUUGGGCUUCUUCAGUCCAAACAGUUCUGUUAAUAAACACCUUGGCUACUUUGAGAAUUGGCAGCAAUGGGAAUCUGGAGCUCGUAGAUGGGAAACAGAGUUCUGUCUGGUCGGCCAAUAUAUCUAAUUGUUCAUCUGCAGUUCUCAAAGAUGAUGGAAACUUUGUUGUCAGAGAUGUUAUGGGAGCUGAUUUAUGGGAGAGUUUUAAUAAUCCUAGUGACUCCCAACUGCCAGGCGUGUUGGUGGGAUAUGAUAGAGGUUCUGGAAAACAAAAUUUCUUGACAUCUUGGAAAAGUGAAAAUGAUCCAUCAUCAGGGACAUUCUUGGCUGGACUGACAACAGAGUUGCCAACACAAUCGUACGUUUGGAUUAAUGGAGAUACUCCCCACUGGAGAAGUGGGCCAUGGGAUAAAUCAAGGUUUAUUGGUAUACCCACGACUAAUUCUCUCUAUAUAAAUCCAUAUACUCUUAUUGAUAAUGUGACGCAGGGAAUAAGGUAUUUAUUUUACAGUUUUGACAAAAUUCCUGGUGUCAAAGUUCUUGCAUAUGCCGACCUAUCUUCCGAAGGUAUACUGAGGUUUUUGCUUUCAGAAAGUGGCAAGAAUUGGUAUCUCGACUAUGAGUCGUGGAAGAGCCCAUGCGACAAUUAUAGCGCCUGUGGACCUUUUGGGGUCUGCAAAGCUUCUGACUCUCCAAUCUGCAAGUGUUUGAAAGGGUUUAUUCCCAAGUCAAAUGAAGAAUGGAGCAAAAGAAACUGGACCGGAGGUUGUGUGAGACGAAAGAAAUUGUCUUGUGAGACUAACACAAAUGCAUCAGUCUCAUCAAAAGAAAAAGAUGGGUUUUUGAAGUUGGAAAGAUUGAAAGUACCCGAUUUUCAUGAAUAUCUGAAUACUUUGGCUGUGGACAAGUUCGAGGACUGCAAGAUACAGUGCCUGAGUAAUUGUUCUUGCCUGGCUUAUGCUUAUGUUGAUAACAUAGGGUGUUUGGUGUGGUUCAAAGACCUUAUUGAUAUGCAGCAUUUUCCAUCAUAUGGACAAGAUCUUUACAUCCGCCUUGCAGACUCAGAGCUAGGUACUGAAGGAAAGCCGAUAGAGUUAAUUGCAAGUCUUACAACUAUUGGAUUUUUCAGUAUUUUGGUUGCUAUAGUCUUCAGUUUGCACAGGUGGCAUGCUAACAAAAAGCGACAUGUCGAAUUAACACCACAUCGCUUGGAAUCAACUAGUAUGAUUAAGAUUUAUAGAGACGGUCUUCGAGAAUAUAUAGGAAAGCAUGAAUAUUCAGAGCUAAAGAUAUAUGAUUUUGAUAGCAUACUAAUCGCCACAGACAGCUUCAGCAUCACAAACAAACUCGGUCAAGGAGGCUUUGGCCCAGUUUAUAAGGGGAUGCUACCAGAAGGGAAGGAAAUAGCAGUAAAAAGACUAUCUAGUAGCUCAGGACAAGGUGUCGAAGAGUUCAAGAAUGAGAUGCUGUUGAUCUCCAAUCUUCAACAUAAAAACCUUGUUAGGAUGAUGGGUUGUUGUGUUAAAGAGGAUGAGAAGUUACUGAUUUACGAGUUCAUGCCAAACAAGAGCUUGGAUACUUUUCUAUAUGAUCCGACGAAGAGAGCAGUGCUUGAUUGGGCCACACGCUUUAAUAUUAUUCAGGGUGUUGCUAAAGGGCUUCUUUAUCUCCAUCAUGAUUCCUAUGUGAAGGUGAUACAUAGAGAUUUAAAAGUCAGUAACAUUCUCUUGGAUGAGAAAAUGAAUCCAAAAAUCUCAGAUUUUGGAUUGGCACGCAUAGUUGAAGAAACACAGAGUCUAGAUAAUACUCAGAAGGUUGUCGGAACACGUGGCUAUAUGUCUCCGGAGUAUGCCAUGGGUGGGAUAUUUUCUGAAAAAUCUGAUGUCUACAGUUUCGGGGUCUUGGUAUUGGAGAUUAUUAGCGGCAAGAAGAAUACCAUCUUCUAUUUAUAUGACCAACAACUAGGCUUCCUUGCAUAUGCAUGGAACUUGUGGAAUGAAGGCAGGGCCUUGGAGUUAGUAGAUGAAGUUUUGGGUGAUUCAUACUCCUCAUCAGAAGUAAUGACAUGCGUGCAUGUUGGGCUUCUUUGUGUACAAGACAAUGCUGCGGAUAGACCAACCAUGACGGAUGUAGCUUCAAUUCUAAGCAGUGAGAAAGAUGGUCCACAUCCAAUGAGGCCUGUAUUUACCAUCCAAAACUCAACUUAUCAUCGUGGACCAUCCUCUGAAAAUACUAAUUCCUCCAAAAAUGAAGCUAGCAUCACGAUGAUCGAAGGACGUUAGGCAACAUCAAAUUUUUGCAUCAAAAUGCAAAUGCCUUCUGGUCAUUCUCAAGCCUUCUAGUACACAUUGCAGGCCUUUUGGUGUAGAAAACUAUCCCUUGCUCAUGGGGUUUGUAGUAUAUGAAGGUUUUACCCAAAGUAGAUAGACCCUCAUUCAUGCUUUCACACUUUGUAUAUUCGGCAUGAACGUAAAAUACUUCCAAGUCUUAUUUACAUGAAGUUGAAUCCUGUAAAUGAAUAAAAGGAUGUUCAGUUUUGUUGCCUUU